UUAAGCUGCCCGGGGUCGCAGAGGCAAGUCAGCGGCGGAACCGGAUAUAAACCCAGGGGGCUGACUCCAGGCCCCCCUCUGAGCCACUGGGCUUUACCACAAUACAGGAGUCAUCUGCAUACAAAUGGUGAUUGAUAAGAAGACCCGAAUAAUUUGUUUCCAUCCAAAGUGGGACUUUUUUUGGUGUGUGGGUGUGUGUGGGGGGGGGUGCCCUUAAUAGUUGCGCUGGAAAAACUGGGGGUAAGCCAGAACCGUGUGGGGCAAACUGAGAAGUAUGAUCAGCGUAUUGACUGAUGCCGUGAGCGUGGAUGGAUUUACCCCGGGAAAGAAGGUUGAAGAAAAGACGAAAGGGGCCGAUUAGUGGGUCCUGAGAGAGACCAACAGUUGGGGAAUUGCCCGAGAAAGAGCAACUCAGACAGGAUCGUGGGGGAGGUGAGCCGGGAGACAAGGGUGUCAGGCUCGGGCAGUUUUCCGAAGGGAGUCACCGGGGCGCCCCGGCCCCGAGGAGCUGGGAAUGCGGCUGGGGUGAUAAGGACCACGACCACGAGGUGGCCAUUGACAGGGGCGGCCGGGAAGUCACUGGUGAUUUCCUGACCAGUAUUUCUCCCGUUUGGUGGAGUUGGAAGCCGCAUUAAAGUAAAAGGAGUGAGUGGGAGGUGAGGACCCAGCCACAGGGCAGCGCAAACAACUCCUGUUGAAAGUGGCCUUGAAGGGGAAGCCAAAGAUAGGACUGUCCUGGAGGUGGAGUCAAAGAAGUUUCCUUUCUUUUUUAAAGCAAGAAACUAGAAUGUGUUUAGUGCUUAAAGGAAGGAACCAGCCAAAGGAGAGUGAAGAAAAAGUAGAAUGCCUAAUUAUCCCCUCUCCCGGGGACAUUCUGGAGCAAAGUUCCUGAGGAGGUGGAAGGGCGAGCCACCUGAGCUGAGGAGUUACCUUUACAGCCGAGGAGCAGUCUGAAGACCUGCCGCGUGUAAAGGAAAAAACUAGGCCGCGCACCCUGGGCGUCAUGAUCCACCUGCAGGCCUCCGAAGUGCAGCAGCUGCUCCACAACAAGUUCGUGGUCAUCCUGGGAGACUCCGUCCAGAGGGCCGUGUACAAGGACCUGGUGCUCCUGCUGCAGAAGGACUGCUUGCUCACUACCAACCAGCUCAAGGCCAAGGGGGAGGAGACCUUCGAAAAGGACAAGCUGGUGGAUGGAGGCCAGAUGGGCCCCAUGCACAAUGGCGUCCAGUACCGGGAGGUCCGCCAGUUCUGCGACGACCACCACCUGGUGCGCUUCUACUUCCUCACACGCGUGUACUCCCCCUACCUGGAGGCCAUCCUGCAAGAGCUGCAGUCCAGCGAGCACGGCCUCCCGGAUGUGAUCAUCAUGAACUCCUGCCUCUGGGACCUCUCCAGGUACGGCCCGGACUCCUGGCAGAGCUACCUGAAGAACCUGGAGAGCCUGUUCGGGCUCCUGGGCCAGGUGCUGCCCGAGUCGUGCCUCCUGGUGUGGAACACAGCCAUGCCCGUGGGCAAGCAGAUCACAGCGGGCUUCCUGCAGCACAAGCAGCAGCCCGGGGAUGACUCCCUAAGAGGCCAAGUCAUCGAAGCCAACUUCCACAGCUCUACCGAGGCGAAGAAACACGGCUUCGACGUGCUGGACUUGCACUUCCACUUCCGCCACGCGGAGCAGCACCUGCAGCGCGACGGCGUGCACUGGGACGAGCGCGCGCACCGCCACCUCUCGCAGCUGCUGCUGGCGCACGUGGCCGACGCCUGGGGCGUGGAGCUGCCUCGGCGCGACCGCGUGGCCCGGUGGAUUCGGGGAGGACCCGGCGCGGCAGGUGAGAGGCCGGGGCAGGCCAGCAGAGAUCCGCGGGCCUUGCCGCCUCCCAGGGGCAGCCCCCUCCUCCCGAGCCCCCCUCUGCCCCCGCCUCCCCGCCUGCCCUUGCCCCCACAUCCUCAUCCCUAUCCCUUUCAGCAGGCGAUGCCGCGGGUCCUGUGCUAUCCCCAACAUACGUAUUUUUCCUCAGACCAGCCUUUCCAGUCGGAUCAGUUCUCUUCCAACUACUUCCAUUCAGAUGUCCCCUCCCCUACUCAGACAGGAUUUGCCUUUGAAGAUGACUUUAUGAUUGACCCUCAGCCCCCCGUGCUCCCUUUCCCGGUGCCCUAUCUGCGAGCCCCUGUGGUCCAUAGGGGUUUCCCCCGGUACUCGCCUCGCGGCCCCUAUGGGCCCUGGGGCCGGCAGCCGAGACCUCCCAGGAGACCGGCCCAUUCCCGCCCACAGCCAAGGCCUCAAUAGACCCUCCUCCUGUUCGUGGACGGGACAGAUCCUCUGACUAUCCCGAAACCGACUGACCUUGUUAACUUAAGCCUUUGGUCCGUGCUUGGACUUCUUUUCGUUCACUACUGUCACCGAUAAUGGCAGGGAAGGGCAAUCCCCUCCAUUUUUGUCGGCUCUGGCCUCUUUCUCUAUUCUCUGGGGGUGACCAAGCAUUUUUCCCGCCUCCCCACCCCCUAUCCUGUCUUUUUUGUAAACAGAAAAUAGAAAUAAAGAAGUUGUUUCAGGAAAGUAGUUGUGGGGUUUGGGUGUGUCUAUAUUUAAUGGUGCCUCUCCCUUCCAUUAAGAAGACAAAGCAAGGAUAGUAUCUGCUGUUUAUGGAAUCUACUUGAUAAACUACUCGAAGUGGAAUUUGUCUAACAUCGUUCUGAAGUCCUCCAUAAGAUGGACCUGAGUCCUUACCAGUAAACAGAAGAGCUUUAACUUUUUGCGAUCAUAUUUUCCAGAGAUUCUCAGAGUCAUCGAAUUUUAAAACUGGGAAAGCUAAAUAAAUAAUAUUUAAUUAACACAAACAAGGAAACAAGUUAAGAGAGGUGAGUGACUUGUCCUAGGUCGCACAAAAAUCCCUCUUCCACUAGUCUUUCCUAGUUUUACUAGUUUCUGACUGACAUGAACUUUCAAACCAUGGGGACCGAUUGAUACCACAGCAAUGUCACAUCAAGAAGGACAGUUUACCAAACAUGGUCUUUCUAAGAAAAUGAUGGUGAAAACAGCCAUAGCUCCAUAACUCCAGAAGCUCACUGGUUAGAUGUGCAAUGUAUGUAAAGUAACGUGCAUGG